AUGGAAGACGAACAUACUAGUAGACUAUCAAGUAUUGCAUCUAGUUACGAAGAAAAUUUAUCUCAACUAACAUUCAAUCCAUUUUGGUUUACUUAUUCAUCUAUAUUAAAUUCUAUUCGUCCUAUAACACCUAUAAUUCGACAUAAUUUUAAAAGUAUCGAUGAACUUCUUUCUCCGAUUUCUAUUCCUUUGAUAAAAAUCGAUGAUACUGGAUGUAAUUCACAAUUAUCUAAUUCAUUAGAAAGUCAAGAGAACGCUAAUGAUGAUGAUGAUGAUGAUGAUAAUAUUGAAAAUUUAAAACCAAUACCAUCAUCAACACCAUUUAUUAAAAAGAAUAAUAAAACAAAGAAAAUUCGUACAGCAUUUACAAAUAAUCAAAAACAAUAUCUUGAUCGUUUUUAUUUAACAAAUCAUUAUCCAGAUCCAACACAAAUGGAAACAUUAUCACAUUUAUUAUUACUUGAUGAAAAAGUUAUUCGUGUUUGGUUUCAAAAUAAACGAUCACGAGAAAAAAAUUAUUCAAAAUCUAAUCAUAAUUAA